CAGUUUUUCGAUUUGACGAUUUUUAUACCCACCCCUAGUUCUGGGAAGACAGAAGUCUACCUUAGACUUUAAGAGAAACAGCAUAUGCAGAUGCAUACGUACAGUCUAAACUGUUGAAAGCUAAAGCUUCAACGAAUUUUGGCUAUUCAGGUCCUUGUUAUAUUUGACCGGCAGGUGCAGAGAUUUCUGUAGGCAUGGAGGUAUUGCUGAUGAAUAGGCCUACUGACCAUGUAUGCAAGACAACACUGUUUGCGUUGAUCUUGUGUAUGUGGGUGUCCAUGCAAGUGAUGGCUGGAACAGAAAAUGCCACGCAUUUGUCUGCAAGGCCAAGUUCUCUGAAUAUUGGAGCUCUGUUUACUUUCAAUUCGGUUAUUGGGAGGGCAGCCAAGCCGGCAAUUUUAGCUGCAAUUGAUGAUGUCAAUUCUGAUCAAAGCAUUCUUCGCGGGACAAAAUUGAACAUUAUUCUCCAUGACACGAAUUGCAGUGAAUUUCUUGGAACUGUUGAAGCUAUGGAGCUGAUUAACAACGACGUGGUUGCUGCAGUCGGCCCACAAUCCUCUGGAAUAGCUCAUGUCAUAUCCCAUGUUGUUAAUGAGCUCCAUGUACCACUUCUAUCAUUUGGAGCAACAGACCCCUCCCUUGCUGCUCUCAAAUACCCAUAUUUUGUCCGAACCACACAGAGUGACUAUUUCCAAAUGUAUGCAGUUGCUGAUUUAGUUGAGUAUUUUGGAUGGAGAGAAGUAAUAGCAAUCUUUGUAGAUGAUGAUUAUGGCCGAAAUGGGAUUUCUAUACUAGCCGAUGCCUUGGCAGUGAAGCGUUCUAAGAUCUCAUACAAGGCUGCCUUCUCUCCUGGAGCCCUCAAAAGCGAUAUCAAUGAAUUGUUGAUGGGAGUGAACCUCAUGGAAUCUCGGGUUUAUAUUGUACAUGUUCAUCCCGACUCCGGUUUAACUAUUUUUUCCAUUGCCAAGGCACUUGGAAUGAUGACCAGUGGCUAUGUCUGGAUUGCGACGGAUUGGCUUCCUUCCUAUUUAGAUUCACUAAAUCCCCCUGGCCCUGACACAACGAAUCUCUUACAAGGGGUUGUUGCUCUCCGUCAUCAUACCCCAGAUACUGAUCUGAAAAAGCGCUUUAUGUCUAGAUGGAGCAAAUUGAAACAUGAAGGGACUCCAAGCUUCAAUUCUUAUGCGCUUUAUGCAUACGACUCUAUUUGGCUAGCAGCCCGUGCUCUUGAUGUUUUCUUCAACGAAGGUGGGAAUGUAUCUUUCUCUAAUUACCCAAGGUUGAAAGACACAAAUCGAAGCACACUGCAUUUAACAUCACUCCGCAUUUUUUAUGGAGGCCAAAAAUAUCUACAGACGAUUCUUAAGAUGAACUUCACAGGUAUAAGCGGUCAGAUUGAGUUUGAUCAAGAUAAAUAUCUAGUUCGUCCAGCGUAUGACAUUCUGAAUAUUGGAGGAACUGGUUCUCGUAGAGUUGGCUAUUGGUCAAAUUCUACUGGUCUCUCGGUCAUUGCUCCAGAGAUAUUAUAUAAGAAGCCAUUCAAUAGGAAUACGACUGCUCAACUUUAUAGUGUAAUAUGGCCUGGUGAAGUUACAGCUACACCUCGGGGAUGGGUAUUUCCCAACAACGGCAGGCCACUGCGAAUUGGAGUGCCUUAUCGAGUAAGUUACAAAGAUUUUGUGGCUAAAGACAAGAGCCCUGCAGGGGUCAGAGGAUACUGUAUUGAUGUCUUUGAAGCUGCUGUAAACUUGUUGCCGUAUGCUGUGCCACGUACGUAUAUGUUGUAUGGAGAUGGUAAGAGGAAUCCUGAGUACAGCAGUCUUGUAGCCCAGGUUGCGCAAAAUAAAUUUGAUGCAGCUGUUGGAGAUGUUACAAUUACUAAUAAUAGGACAAGAAUAGUUGAUUUUACGCAGCCUUACAUGGAAUCGGGACUUGUUGUAGUUGUUCCUGUCAAAAAGGCAAAAUCAAACCCUUGGGUUUUCCUCAAGCCGUUUACUUACCAGAUGUGGUUGGUCACCGGUGCCUUCUUCCUUUUUGUGGGAGCUGUUGUUUGGAUUCUUGAGCACCGGUUCAAUCAUGAGUUCCGUGGUCCACCAAGCCAACAGCUCAUAACCAUUUUUUGGUUUAGUUUCUCCACAAUGUUUUUCUCACACAGAGAGAACACUGUGAGCACCCUGGGACGGCUGGUGGUGAUUAUAUGGUUAUUUGUAGUGUUAAUUAUCAAUUCUAGCUACACUGCUAGUUUGACUUCAAUUCUUACAGUGCAACAGCUGACGUCACGGAUUGAAGGGAUUGAUAGCUUGAUAUCAAGUAAUGAUCGAAUCGGAGUUCAAGACGGGUCAUUUGCUUGGAGGUAUUUGGUUGAUGAGAUGAACAUAGCGGAAUCUAGACUUGUUAAGUUGAAAGACAUGGAAGCCUAUAUUAAAGCCCUUACGGAUGGACCAAGACGUGGUGGGGUAGCUGCCAUCGUUGAUGAGCUUCCUUACAUUGAGUUGUUCAUGUCCAGCACCAAAUGUGCAUUCAGGACUGUAGGGCUGGAGUUUACCAAAAGCGGAUGGGGAUUCGCCUUCCAAAAGGAUUCUCCUCUUGCUGUUGACUUGUCGACAGCGAUUCUUCAACUUUCAGAGAACGGUGAUCUACAAAAGAUCCAUGAUAAGUGGUUUAAGCAUAACGAGUGCCCUACUCAACUCAAUGACGUUGAUGCAGACCUGCAGCUAUCUCUAACAAGCUUUUGGGGCCUGUUUCUUAUCUGCGGUAUUGCAUGCUUCCUUGCUCUUGCGGUGUUCUUCUGUAGAAUCCUUUGUCAAUACCGCAGAUUUACCCCAGAGCCUGUGGAAGCGGACGCUGAGGAGAUUGGACCUACCAACACGAGAUCUAGACGCUCACUUGGGUCAACCAGUUUCAAGGGUCUUAUGGUCUUUGUAGAUAAGAAAGAAGCAGAGAUAAAGCACAUGCUGAAGCGAAAGACUAGUGAUAGUAAGCACGAAGCUAGCCCGAGCGCUGAUGGGCAGCUGCAUUCCCUUCGUGAGGAAGAUUUGCCUUCGGCGGGUUGAUUCUGCAGUGCUCCCUCAGCACUCGGUUAAUUAAAUUUUAUCUUAUACUAAUUAUAUCCAAUCCCUGUGCCAUAAGCUACGUAUAUAGAAUAACAUUAUAUGGUUUAUAGAAAGAAAAGAAAAAUUAUGAAAAUAUUUGCUAGUUUUAGACUAUUUUGUAUCUUAAACAAUAAUGCUCUUGCUCCCUAUUUUAACUGAAGGACGGAGGUCCAUAAAUUGUAGAUUAAUCUUUCUAUGGUUUACUCUACUGUAAAUUCUAGUGUACGGGAAUGAAGAUUCAAAUUCAAA